CGUGCGCGGGGCGUGUGAGGCGGUGCGUGCGGGGAGCGGCGAGCUGGGGACGCGCGCGGGCGACAUGCCGCGCUUCGCCCUGACGGUGAUCCGGCAUGGAGAAACGAGGCUUAACAAAGAGAAAAUUCUUCAAGGACAAGGUGUAGAUGAACCUCUUUCGGAAACUGGGUUUCAGCAAGCAGCAGCUGCUGGCAGAUUUCUGAACAAAGUGAGGUUUACUCACGCUUUUUCCAGUGAUCUCAUGAGGACGAAGCAGACCAUGCAUGGGAUUUUGGAGGAAAGCACAUUUUGCAAAGACAUGACAGUAAAUUAUGACUUGCGACUUCGAGAACGGAUGCUGUCUGUCUGGGAAAGCCCUGCUGUCUUCUGGAAAGUUCUCCUUGCAGCUCACUCGGACCUGAAGUACGGGGCUGCAGAGGGCAAGGCUCUGAGCGAGCUGCGGGCCAUGGCCAAGGAUGCCGGGGAGGAGUGUCCCACGUUCACCCCGCCCGGAGGAGAGACACUUGACGAGGUGCAAGCGCGUGGGAAGGAUUUCUUUGGCUCUGUUUGUCAAAUCAUCCUGGAAGGCAGCCGGAAGGAGGAGGGCUCCCCGGACCUGGAAGCCUCUUUGGCAGAGGUCUUUCCUCUGGACGAAUGCAGUGACUCUGCCAGCCGUGCCCCUGGCUUGGCAGCCAGCGUAUUAGUCGUGAGCCACGGUGCCUACAUGCGGAGCCUGUUUGGCUACUUCCUGACUGACCUCCAGUGCUCCUUGCCGGCGAGCCUGGGCAGGUUCGAACUCUCCUCAGUCAGUCCCAACACUGGGAUUAGCGUCUUCCUCAUAGAAGUCGAGGAAGGGAAAGAUCCAGCAAUCCAGUGUGUGUGCAUGAACCUGCAGGAUCACCUGAAUGUGGGCAGCGAGUCGUGCUGAGUGGCAGAUCUGCUGCCAGGACCGGCGCUGAGCCCCUGCGGGGAGCGCCCCUGCUUGCCGCCCUCGCUCUCUCGCCUGGGGUUCAAAGUCGGGUUCCAAGACUCCACUGGGGCCACAGCCGUGGACAGCGCCCCGGCAAGCCACCUAGAACCGGCCUUGGCAUUUUUUAUCCACAUCUCCAAAUUGUAAAUGCAUGAAGGAACUACGUGUUGCAAAUUGGGAGACCCAACAGCCUUGUUUCUCUGUUCUCUUCCGUAUUGAUCUUUAACGUAUCUGGCUGUUUUUAACAGCAUCAGUAAGAAUGUUUUGUUUGUUUGUUUUUCCCCCACUAUUCUAACCAAGUGCUUUGCAAGACGGAGUCUUAAUAUUGACAGUGUGUAACCAUCCAAAAGGCCUUAAAGGGAAAACGUGCACUGUGUCAGCUUGUGUGAGAUAAAAAUGAGGUUAUUUCCCUGGUAGAUGAACAAUUCCCAUUUUGAGAAAGGGUCUAGAGAAAGCAAAGGACUGAUAAAGUGUCCUCAGAAAAGUCUGGGCUUCUAUGAAAAGCUGGGUGGUCUUGUGAAAUGUUGCUUCCUUCCACCAGGUGGCGAUAGAGGAAAGGGAAUUUAAUAUUCUGUUUCCCACCCACCCCCUUAGGUAGAGCCACACUUUGCAGCCCAGGCUGACCGGGAACUCACUCAUUGGUGCUUCUCAUUGCUGGCUUUGCCUUCUCCUGACAGUGUCAGUGAGAAGCAUUUUCUUUGAGGAGGUAUUAAAUGAGAAAAAUGAGGAUUUAAUACUGGACCCAGUUACAGAAGACCCCAUCAAAGAACACAUAAUAAGGUCAAUGUUUUGGUUGGUUUGUUUUCAAGGCACCUUCUCACUCCAGCCCUGGCUGACAUGCGGCUCACUACGGUCCCACGCUGGUCUGGACCUCAGGUAUCCUCCUACCUCAGCCUCCCCAGUGCUGAAAACCAAGGAAUCUGCUACCUCGCCCAGCAAAAUCAACUGUAAUUGAAGAAACCAACUGUUACUGAACAGCGGAUAUCAACCCCAAGCAGCUUAGGAAAAGUCACAAGAAUUCAUCUGCAAAACCAUCAACAAUUUAAAGCUUGCCCCAAACGUAGAAUAUUAGUCCUUGCUAACCAGUUUUUUGCUUCAACUCGUGGAACUAGCGAGAACAUUUUGAAUGCCCGUGGCAAUGAUGUUUACACAGGAGAAGCGAGCAGAAAGUAGCUUUCCCACCCAUCCUCACCUCCAGCUGCUUGUUACUAAACCGUAAGAUUCUUAUGUGCCUGAGGAAGAUGUUUCACAAGACAUCAGCUUUUAGCUUGCCAUGUUGCCACCGGCAGUGAGCCUUGGCCGUCAGAGGAUGAAUGCGAAGGCCGGCCUCACAUCUGGCCGGUCAGCCUUACACAGGAAGGUUAGCAUCUCCUCCUUGUGCCCACCACUGCCCCUUUUUCUGCCACUGUUGAAAUGGCAUGAAUCUGGAUGCCAGAGGAAACAGAAAGUUUGAGGAUGCUGUUCUAGAGUCAGUCUCUAGCAUACCAAAAAAAACAAAACCUGUAGCAGGACAGAAAUAUCCCUUUAGGGGCCUGGCAUGGUGACACCUGUCUUUAAUCCCAGCACUCAGGAGGCAGAGGUAGGAGGAUUGCCAUGAGUUCGAGGCUGCCCUGA